AUGCAUCUCGGACUUGAUGAGCCCAUGCGGGAAUGUCAGUAUAAUCAGAUCUGCACGCGCAACUCGUCGCCUAUGGAGACCUCGGGGCACAAAAAGAAGAGGACUCCCCGCAGGAAGUGGCAGAUCUUCCCUGGCCGAAAUAGAUUCUACUGUAAUGGAAGGGUCAUGAUGGCGAGACAGACCGGGGUCUUCUACCUAACCCUGGUCCUCAUCAUGGUCACCAGCGGCCUUUUCUUCGCAUUCGAGUAAGUGCAAAUUACACUACAGUAGCUCAUGCAAGAACUCAUCAUUCACAGGUGUGAGCAGUCGUUUUUAAAAGUGGCCAAACUUUUAGGAAAUUUAACCCCAAAACUAUCUUUUGGUAUUUGUUUCAUUAGUCCAUUGUUGAUAUAAUCUCAAAAUGUUUUUUAUGUGAGCAAUCAAGUUUUCAAGAUAUAUAACUUUAAAAAUACAAAAUUAAAGCAGGUAUCAUAAUGGCUGUAUUUCUCUAUUUUGAAAGUUAUAUAUCUUGAAAACUAAGGAAACAAAUACCAAAAGAAAAUGUUUGGUUGGAGUUUUCCUUUAACCCCCCCCCAUUCAUAUGUAGGGAAUAUGGUGUCAUUUGAUACACAGACCCCACUGAUUAUGAAUGCAGCGAAUUGUCUACCUUAUAUAGGGAGAGUUUGUGCCUACAAGCCAGAGAGAAUGUUGUCUAGACUGUUUUCCCCUGGUCGUUCCAUAUCAUUUCAGCAAGCCAUGACACCCACCAUCUUAGAUUGUUUGGAAAUACUUUUUGUAGUAAGGUUAGCAUUCCUGCAACAUUAUUUUGUUGAAAUAUAAUUUGAUAUGAGGUAUCAAGCUAAUUGAUUGCACCCAAAUUUGGCCAUUUUAAUUUAUAGGAUUCAUGUGAUAAAAUAAAAUAACAUUAGGGAGGCUAUAUACGGGGGGGUACCGGUGCAGAGUCAAUGUGCGGGGGCACCGGCUAGUUGAGGUAGUUGAGGUAAUAUGUACAUGUGGGUAGAGUUAAAGUGACUAUGCAUAAAUAAUUAACAGAGUAGCAGCAGCGUAAAAAGUGGGGGUGGGGGGGCAGUGCAAAUAGUCCGGGUAGCCAUGAUUAGCUGUUCAGGAGUCUUAUGGCUUGGGGGUAGAAGCUGUUGAGAAGCCUUUUGGACCUACACUUGGCGCUCCGGUACCGCUUGCCGUGUGGUAGCAGAGAGAACAGUCUAUGACUAGGGUGGCUGGAGUCUUUGACAAUUUUGAGGGCCUUCCUCUGACACCGCCUGGUAUAGAGGUCCUGGAUGGCAGGAAGCUUGGCCCCAGUGAUGUACUGGGCCGUACACACUACCCUCUGUAGUGCCUUGCGGUUGGAGGCCAAGCAGUUGCCAUACCAGGCAGUGAUGCAACCAGUCAGGAUGCUCUCAAUGGUGCAGCUGUAGAACAUUUUGAGGAUCUGAGGACCCAUGCUAAAUCUUUUCAGUCUCCUGAGGGGGAAUAGGCUUUGUCGUGCCCUCUUCACGACUGUCUUGGUGUGUUUGGACCAUGAUAGUUCGUUGGUGAUGUGGACACCAAGGAACUUGAAGCUCUCAACCUGUUCCACUACAGCCCCGUCGAUGAGAAUGGGGGCGUGCUCAGUCGUCUUCUUUUUCCUGUAGUCCACAAUCAUCUCCUUUGUCUUGAUCAUGUUGAGGGAGAGGUUGUUAUCCUGGCACCACACAGCCAGGUCUCUGACCUCCUCCCUAUAGGCUCUCUCAUCGUUGUCGGUGAUCAGGCCUACCACUGUUGUGUCGUCGGCAAACUUAAUGAUGGUGUUGGAGUCGUGCCUGGCCAUGCAGUCAUGGGUGAACAGGGAGUACAGGAGGGGACUGAGCACCCACCCCUGAGGGACCCCUGUGUUGAGGAUCAGCGUGGCAGAUGUGUUGUCACCUACCCUUUUCACCUGGGGGCGGCCUGUCAGGGAGUCCAGGAUCCAGUUGCAGAGGGAGGUGUUUAGUCCCAGGAUCCUUAGCUUAGUGUUGAGCUUUGAGGGCACUAUGGUGUUGAAUGCUGAGCUGUAGUCAAUGGAUAGCAUUCUCACGUAGGUGUUCCUCUUGUCCAGGUGGGAAAGGGCAGUGUGGAGUGCAAUAGAGAUUGCAUCAUCUGUGGAUCUGUUGGGGCUGUAAGCAAAUUGGAGUGGGUCUAGGGUUUCUGGGAUAAUGGUGUUGAUGUGAGCCAUGACCAGCCUUUCAAAGCACUUCAUUGCUACAGACGUCAGUGCUACGGGUCGGUAGUCAUUUAGACAACCGCUUGGUUUUCGAAGUGGCGUCCAGCCCAGCCAUUUUCCAGAGGACAAUGGACAAUCUGCUGCAGGGGAUCCCUCAUGUAGCAGUGUACCUGGACGACAUCCUGGUUACAGGGGAGACGGAGGAGCUCCUUCACCAUCUGGACCAGGUGUUAAAGAGAUUAUCUGAGGCAGGGAUGCGCCAGAAGCGUAGCAAGUGCACAUUCCAAGCACAGUGUGUGACAUACCUAGGUCACAAAAUCACAGCGCAGGGUCUGUGUCCUGUGGAGGACAAAGUCAGGGCAAUCAAGGAUGCUCCAAACCCCAAGAAUGUGUCCGAGCUCAGGUGGUUCCUGGGCAUGGUGAACUACUAUGGUAAGUUCCUCCCUGAGCUGUCAACAGUGUUGGCUCCACUUUAUCAGCUGCUCCACAAAGACUGUAAAUGGAAGUGGGGGCCAGCACAAGAGAAAGCUUUCAAGGAAGUGAAAGCACUACUACAAUCAGCACAACUUCUGGUUCAUUUUGACCAAGACAAAGAGAUCAUCCUGUCAUGUGACGCCUCGCCCUAUGGCGUCGGGGCAGUACUCUCUCAUCAGAUGGAGAACAGGUCAGAGAAACCCAUUGGAUUCGUAUCACAUACGCUGACGAGUGCUGAGAAGAGUUAUUCAUACACUGCUCAAAAAAAUAAAGGGAACACUUAAACAACACAAUGUAACUCCAAGUCAAUCACACUUCUGUGAAAUCAAACUGUCCACUUAGGAAGCAACACUGAUUGACAAUACAUUUCACAUGCUGUUGUGCAAAUGGAAUAGACAACAGGUGGAAAUUAUAGGCAAUUAGCAAGACACCCCCAAUAAAGGACUGAUUUGCAGGUGGUGACCACAGACCACUUCUCAGUUCCUAUGCUUCCUGGCUGAUGUUUUGGUCACAUUUGAAUGCUGGCGGUGCUUUCACUCUAGUGGUAGCAUGAGACGGAGUCUACAACCCACACAAGUGGCUCAGGUAGUGCAGCUCAUCCAGGAUGGCACAUCAUGCGAGCUAUGGCAAGAAGGUUUGCUGUGUCUGUCAGCGUAGUGUCCAGAGCAUGGAGGCGCUACCAGGAGACAGGCCAGUACAUCAGGAGACGUGGAGGAGGCCGUAGGAGGGCAACAACACAGCAGCAGGACUGCUACCUCCGCUUUUGUGGAAGGAGGAGCAGGAGGAGCACUGCCAGAGCCCUGCAAAAUGACCUCCAGCAGGCCACAAAUGUGCAUGUGUCUGCUCAAACGGUCAGAAACAGACUCCAUGAGGGUGGUAUGAGGGCCCGACGUCCACAGGUGGGGGUUGUGCUUACAGCCCAACACCGUGCAGGACGUUUGGCAUUUGCCAGAGAACACCAAGAUUGGCAAAUUCACCACUGGCGCCUUGUGCUCUUCACAGAUGAAAGCAGGUUCACACUGAGCACGUGACAGACGUGACAGUCUGGAGACGCCGUGGAGAACGUUCUGCUGCCUGCAACAUCCUCCAGCAUGACCGGUUUGGCGGUGGGUCAGUCAUGGUGUGGGGUGGCAUUUCUUUGGGGGGCCGCACAGCCCUCCAUGUGCUCGCCAGAGGUAGCCUGACUGCCAUUGGGUACCGAGAUGAGAUCCUCAGACCCCUUGAGAGACCAUAUGCUGGUGCGGUUGGCCCUUGGUUCCUCCUAAUGCAAGACAAUGCUAGACCUCAUGUGGCUGGAGUGUGUCAGCAGUUCCUGCAAGAGGAAGUCAUUGAUGCUAUGGACUGGCCCGCCCGUUCCCCAGACCUGAAUCCAAUUGAGCACAUCUGGGACAUCAUGUCUCGCUCCAUCCACCAACGCCACGUUGCACCACAAAUGUCCAGAAGUUGGCGGAUGCUUUAGUCCAGGUCUGGGAGGAGAUCCCUCAGGAGACCAUCCGCCACCUCAUCAGGAGCAUGCCCAGGCGUUGUAGGGAGGUCAUACAGGCACGUGGAGGCCUCACACUACUGAGCCUCAUUUUGACUUGUUUUAAGGACAUUACAUCAAAGUUGGAUCAGCCUGUAGUGUGGUUUUCCACUUUAAUUUUGAGGGUGACUCCAAAUCCAGACCUCCAUGGGUUGAUAAAUUUGAUUUCCAUUGAUCAUUUUUGUGUGAUUUUGUUGUCAGCACAUUCAACUAUGUAAAGAAAAAAGUAUUUAAUAAGAUUAUUUCAUUCAUUCAGAUCUAGGAUGUGUUAUUUUAGUGUUCCCUUAAUUUUUUUGAGCAGUGUAGUUAGACAAGGAAGGUCUGGCCAUAGUCUUUGCUGCGAAACGCUUCCAUCAGUACCUCUACGGUCGUCAUUUCACCAUAUGCACUGACCACAAACCAUUUUUACAUUUACAUUUUAGUCAUUUAGCAGACGCUCUUAUCCAGAACGACUUACAGUUAGUGAGUGCAUACAUUUAUAUGUAUAUAUUUUUUUUUUCAUACUGGCCCCCCGUGGGAAUCGAACCCACAACGCCAUGUUCUACCAACUGAGCUACAUCCCUGCUACAAACCACUGAUGAGCCUUUUCAGUGAAUCAAGAUGCAUUCCUCCCAUGGCUUCAGCAAGGAUACAGCGCUGGGCCCUCACACUGUCAGCUAACCAGUACACUAUAGUGUAUAGAGCGGGGAAGGACAAUGCAAACGCAGACGCGCUCAGCCGUCUCCCGCUACCAGAGAUGCCCGCCACAACUGUGGUGCCUCUCGAGACAAUUUUCCUAAUAGAGAGAUUAUCAAACUCACCUGUGAAUGCCAAACAGAUCAAACAGUGGACAGACCGGGAUCCUAUCCUGUCCCAAGUGAAAAUAUUCCUUAUGCAGGGUUGGCCUCCUGUCAUAGAGAAUGAUGGACUAAGACCUUAUGCAAAGUGCAAAACUGAGCUGAGUGUGCAGGAUGGCUGCAUACUCUGGGGGUCCAGAGUGGUUGUUCCACCCCCUGCCUCCCGGAUGAAAAGUUUAGCCAGAUCUUCCAUCUGGUGGCCUAACAUGGAUCAGGACGUAGGAAACAAAGUGAAAUCAUGUUCUGAGUGUCAGAGUAACCAGAAGAUGUGGGAGUGGCCUGACCGCCCAUGGUCCAGGCUGCACAUAGACUUUGCAGGCCCUUUCAUGGGACACAUGUUCCUUGUCAUGGUGGACGCGCACUCCAAGUGACUGGAGGCUCACAUCAUGAGCAACAUCACAGCGACCACAACCAUCGAAAAGCUUCGGCAGGUGUUUGCAACCCAUGGUCUGCCGGACUCUCUUGUGUCCGACAACGCCACAACCUUUUUACCUGUGACUUGUUUCAAGAAUGAAUGCGGAGAAACGGGAUUCGCCAUGUCCGCAGCGCUCCGUUUCACCCGGCCUCAAACGGCUUAGCGGAGCGGGCUGUGCAGACACUGAAAGAGGGGCUCAAAAGGAUGACUGGGGGAACCAUCACAACUAAGCUCUCUCGGUUCUUGUUCCAGUACUGCAUCACGCCACAAACAACAACAGGACAGGCUCCAGCUGAGAUGUUAAUGGGCAGAAAGCCAAAAGCUCACCUGGAUCUACUGCGUCCGGACAUCAAAGCACGAGUGGAACGGAAGCAGGAGAAACAAAAAGAGAGACAUGACCACCACGCGAGGGAGAGACAGUUAAAACCCAAUGACACUGUCUACAUACGCAACUUCACAAGCAGCCAACGCUGGUUGCCAGGUAUCAUUCUGAGUCAGAGUGGUCCCGUCUCCUUUGUGGUCAAACUGACUGAUGGUUGAGUCAUGCGCGGACACCAGGACCACAUCCGCCUGCGCUAUGACAAAGACAAGACCAUGUUUUCAGACGGAACAGCUGUGGGUGGUAGUAUACAAGUUGAAACCCCACAGGAAACAGUAUCUGAGGAACAGGGGCAUUCAGUGGUUCCAGCAGAGGGUGAUGAACAUUCUCUCACAAACACCCAACCCGCUCCUGUGCCCUCAGACCCAGCUCCACGGGGACACGCCUUACCUGUGUCUCGUGGCACACCAGGAGUACUGCGCAGAUCACAGCGUAGUCACAAGCCUCCUGAAAGACUUACUCUGUAGUUGAGACUGAGAGACUCGUGGUGUUAGUGUUUGUUUGGAGCAGCAGACCUAGUGGAAAAGAAAUAAGGACAGUCAUUUUUUUGUUUUGUUUACAUUUACAGUAACACCAGCAGAAGUGCUACAGUAUUGAAAAGAAAACACUGAUGUGGUUUACAUGUUAACCUUAUGUUUUCCUUACAGAGGGGAUUUAAAUUGAGGGGGGAGAAGUGUUACAGUGUGGACACUAUAUAAAUAAUUACAUUGAAUGUGUGUUGUACUUACCUGCAGUAUAGUAUGAUUGCUAUUCAUGUGUGCAUGGUUAUUAUUGGUAUUGACCGUGACCUUUCCCCUUUGAUGAUGUCAUCACCAAGAGUCAGAUCUGUACAAUGUGAUUCUACCACAGGUUGAGUGGGCUGUAUCGUUCUGCUGUUUUUGUACCAUUUGUACAUGGCUGUACACCUUUUAUUUAUUGGAUUGAAAGUAAAGGAAAGUAAUAUUGAAAUGCGUGUGGGCAUUCCUUGUCAAGUUACUACAACCAUAGUGCCCUCAAAGCUCAUCACUAAGCUAAGGACCCUGGGACUAAACACCUCCCUCUGCAACUGGAUCCUGGACUUCCUGACGGGCCGCCCCCAGGUGAAAAGGGUAGGUAACAACACAUCUGCCACGCUGAUCCUCAACACGGGGUUCCCUCAGGGGUGCGUGCUCAGUCGCCUCCUGUACUCCCUGUUCACCCAUGACUGCAUGGCCAGGCACAACUCCAACACCAUCAUUAAGUUUGCUGACGACACAACAGUGGUAGGCCUGAUCACCGACAACGAUGAGACAGCCUAUAGGGAGGAGGUCAGACACCUGGCCGUGUGGUGCCAGGAUAACAACCUCUCCCUCAACAUGAUCAAGACAAAGGAGAUGAUUGUGGACUACAGGAAAAAGAAGAGGACUGAACACGCCCCCAUUCUCAUCGACGGGACUGUAGUGGAGCAGGUUGAAAACUUCAAGUUCCUUGGUGUCCACAUCAUGGUCCAAACACACCAAGACAGAUGUGAACAAAGCCUAUACCCCCUCAGGAGACUGAAAAUAUUUGGCAUGGGUCCUCAGAUCCUCAAAAAGUUUUACAGCAGCACCAUCGAGAGCAUCCUGACUGGUUGCAUCACUGCCUGGUAUGGCAACUGCUCGGCCUAUGACCGCAAGGCAUUACAGAGGGUAGUGCGCACGGCCCAGUACAUCACUGGGGCAAAGCUCCCUGCCAUCCAGGACCUCUAUACCAGGCGGUGUCAGAGGAAGGCCCUAAAAAUUGUCAAAGACUCCAGCCAACCGAGUCAUAGACUGUUCUCUCUGCUACCACACUGUUGUGUGUUGUGUUGUGUCGUCGGCAAACUUAAUACCGAAACAAUAGCCAUUUCUUUGGAUUCCUCAUGUCUAAUUCAUUCUUAGAAAGAAAGUUUGGUCCAAAUCCGAUGUUAGGUACUAUAUUUAUUGAAUAUUAUAUGAAUCCUAUAAAUUAAAAUGGCCAAUUUGGGUUCAAUCAAUUAGCUUAAUUUCUCAGAUAUCAAAUUAUAUUUCAACAAAAUAAUGUUGCAGGAAUGCUAAUUGUAUCUGUUUCUAACAACAAACAAUUUUAGAACAAUCUGAGAUGGUGGGUGUCGAAAUCCUAUUUUUUGUGCUUUUUGAGGUGGAACAACCCUCCCUUUCAAAUGGUCACAGAGCUUCGGUUUCGCCAAGCAGAUGGAAUUUACUCCACUCAGUCAACCUUUGGUGAGCAGAGCUCCUAACAUUGCAGAAACGUAAUGGUUCUCAAUCCUCAUUGGUCAGGAAAGAUUAUGUAAUAGAAUUUGUUUGCUCCAUAUUUGUGUUAGUAAUGACUAAUGAGUUACUUGUUUUUAGGGGUCAGGUGAAUGCAUUCCUUGGGUUGAUGUAUUUCAUUUGGGUUUUCCAGGGCUCUGACAUGCAUAGAUGUUGAGAAAUAUGAACACAAGGAGUUAUUGUGAUGUUUGUGCAAUCCGCAGGGUCGGGGAUACAGGACAAACCAUCCCUUUCAACUUAGUCAGCAGGCCUCAUAGUCGUCCUCUGGGAUCCUGUCUCACACGUUGAAGGUCUAUGAAAUGUUUUUGUAGCCCUCUAAGCUUCUGCAGGUUUUCAAAGGGUCAUGUUUAAAGGUUUGUAUAAUAGCAAUCAAGAUGGGUUCAAAUUCAGAAACUUUUUGGAUUUGCUUAGUGUAUCAGCCUGAAAACAUUUCCAUUUUAGUCAUUAAGCAGACAAGCCUGUAAUUCAAUGGCCUAGGCUAUUCAUUGAGUGAUGAAAUGCCACAUAUGUAAGGCACAACAGUAAGUCAGAUACACAGAUGUCUUCAAUUAGACAUUUGAAUGACAGCUCGUAUAGGCCCACUAUUAUGACAUGCAAAUUCAUUCAUUUGAGAGUGACACCGAUCCUAAUAUGCAAAGAGAAGACUGGGAGAUGAGUGACAGAUAUUUUCCGGUCGGUCUACCCAUCCCCCCAUCUUUCCUUCUCUGUUGCCUUUCAUUCCUCCCACGUUCCAUACCACACCUUCCAAAACAUGGCACCCCAGUGUUCCCGUUUCCGUGGUAACAGUUUUUCCUCUUAAGCUCUUUGUGUCCUGUCGAACCAACAGCCUGCAUCUCCAAGGCAACUGGAGGAGAGUCACCGAUUGUUCCAGUUUGAUUUGGCUUGCAUCCCAAAUGGCAUCCUGUUAAUCGGCAUCGGUUGCCAUUUGGGACUCAGACUUGGUCUCUGUUGUGUUUGACUAAAGAUAAGACUAAAGUAAUUGCACUCCUCUAGCCAGAAUGUAGAGUGUCUCUAAACUACAGGCAAAACAUUCAUCCAUUUAUAGUCCAACAUGCUCUGGGAUUUUCCUGGGAAACAUUGCACAAAUGGUCCAAUGAAUGAAGCAUAACAAGGAUGAAUUGUGUCGUGAUUCAACCUUGGAAUGGAUCAACUUCUGGUUACUCAUUGCAUUGUAUAAAGCCUCAGCAAAGGAGAUGAGACACUCAUGCCUGAAUGUUUUCACUUCUCCUAUAUUUACAUUUUAGUCAUCUAGCAGACGCUCUUAUCCAGAGUGACUUAACCCUAAUUGCUCCUGUAAGUGCCUUGUUCAGGGCACAUAGACAGAUUUUUCACCUAGUUGGCUCGGGAUUCAAACCAGCGACAUUUCAGUAACUGGGCCAACCCUCUUAACCGCUAGGCUACCUUUCAAACUUUCAUUCAAACUAUUUUUUCAGUACAGUAUCCAAGACUGUCCAAAUUCCAUAGUCUUUACCAAUGGCAAUGUCCUUGUAUUUCCAAAGGCAGUGGGAUAGUGAAGUGCAGGUAGAAUGAAAAAUUCACUCUACCAUGUCCCUACCCAACCGUUCCCUCCACUGUGUGCCAGAUCUCCAAGCCAGCCCUCUGACAAUUAUCCAUGUUUUCUUUACAAUGCCAACAACAACAUUGGGCGAUUACCUCCCCCAGUCCUCCUUAGACACAAUGGGAGACAUUUUUAAAGAGGACUACUUGGAAACUUGCUGCAGCUAUUUCCAAUCCCAGCAUGACGAACUGAUAAGAUCUGAGUUUCAGUCUAAUUCAAUUCCAGCGUAGCCACCUCACAGAGCCAAAGUGGCAGCUAUACAGAUCUCAGAUCAGUUAACACUGACUAUGCUAAGUGGAUAAAAGCAGUGUAUUUCACCUCAUGGCUAGUACCAUUUCAUAUUUAAAAUAGUUUGAGGGCUCCCUCAUCUCUGCCUAGACUAUAACCUGAAACCAAUUAUUCAAACCAAUGACUCAAACCUGCGCUCAACAUGCCUCCCUCAUGAAAUCAUGGGGAUCUCGAUGUCCAAUAUUGGAACAACCCAUAGAGGACUUUAGGGAACCUACAUGGGGUUGAGAUUUUACUAUUUUAAGAGAUUUUGAUUGGAUAUUAUGCCCACUAAAAUAUUAACGGAUUACAUGGACAUGAUGCUUCCCAAUCCUUUUUUUAAUUGACCCCCUGUAUAAUAGAUAAUACUAGGUAGGAACAUUCAAAAUGUUUCCAAACAUUAUUAUGUUAUAGGGAAAGUCCCAAAUGGCACCCUACUCCCUACAUAGUGCACUACUUUUGACAAGAGUCCAAUGGGGCUCUGGUCAAAAGUAGUGCACUAUGUACGGAAUAGUGUGCCAGUUCAGAUACAACCAUGAUUUGCAAAUGAUUGAAAUCCUCUGAGAGGAGCCAUAGUGGAGUAAUUUAGGAAUUUCCCCACCAAGCCACGAAUAACAGCAUCUGGGGCUGCUGUCCUUACUAACCCAUAGGACCAGUCGCUAUGUCCUCUCACUCAAGUUCAAGUUUUAUUGUUUUAUGCACAAGUACCGUGAAAUGCUUAACUUGCAAGCUCUACAGUGGUUGUGUCCCAAAUGGCAUCCUAUUCCCUAUAUAGUGCACUACUUUUGACCAGAGCCUUAUGGGUCCAUUUGUAUGGAAAAAUGCACAUAACUCCAUACCAUUGCCAUAUGCACAUAUGUAUGUGCUGCUAUAGACCCAGGCUAUGAGAAGAAAAGAAUGGAGCCUCUGUUCAUUUCUAGAAAUAAUGUGAAAAUAAACAUGAAGGUAUACCUUUCAUUUCAUGUUUUUGUUACGGAUGCCAGUCGAGGAAAAUGCUUGGAAAUAGUUUUUCUUCUCAGGCUGAGGCCAGUAGAUUUCAGUCAGUGGAUGCGUCCCAAAUGGCACCCUAUUUCCUAUAUAGUGCACUACUUUUGACCAGAGCCCUAUGGGGUGUGUUGAAUUGUGCCACAGAAAAGCUUUCCAGGAAGGCCGUUCCUCCUUGGCCCCGGCCCCCAGUCUUGUCACCUAAUGACGUUAGGUACAGAGGACAGACAGUACAGUAGUGCUAUAAUGUGAUUACACUAACCAACAUCUGUUCAUGAACAAAACACUAGGCAUGGUUUAAGUGAGUUAAUCAAAUAAAUAAGUGUGUGUAUGUGUGCACAUGCCUGUUUAUCUUAACAGUUUUAUUAGUUGUAAACUUUCCACCCACCCAGAUACAGAGAGACCACACUAAGACCAGCUAAUAAAUACAGCUACAUACUUUUCCAUUCCUAAAUGGUUUUGUUCUUCCGCUCUUCCAGCUGCCCGUUCCUGGCAUCCAACCUGACCCCGGCCAUCCCGGUGAUCGGAGGGGUGCUGUUCGUCUUUGUUCUGGGGAUGCUGUUCAGGGCCAGCUUCAGUGACCCGGGGGUCCUGCCCCGCGCCACGCCCGACGAGGCUGCCGACCUGGAGAGACAGAUAGGUAACUAUGGAGACCACCUGGUUUCCAAACAGUCAAAAGUAGUGCUCUAUGUAGGGAAUGGGGUGCAUUUUGGGACUUUGCAGAGGCAGAACUCUGCACUCUGAAACUCUGAGAUGGUCUGAACUCUCUUCUCCAUGUUUGUGUUCUGCUGAUGAGGCAGAUAGAUUUAUCAACGUGAACUUCACCCAACCUCUAUCAAACGGCAUGGAUCGAGCCAAUCACAUGCCACCCUCUAAACGCCUCUCAGUGUGUGUGUGUGUAUCAGUGAGAUGAUCAGGUAUUCAGUGUUUAUGUUUGGAGAUGACAUCAGCUUUGAGAGGCACUUUGCCCUGAGCACAAUGGCAUGUUGUCGAAACAGCCUGAUUUCAUUUUAGAGUUCAAUUUAGAAAAGAUCUCAGCCGUGUCGCAAAUGUUACCAUAUUCCCUAUUUAGUGCAAUACUUUCGACCAGGACUCAUAGGGCUCUGGUCAAACGUAGUUCAAUAUAUAGGGAAUAGGGAUCCAACCCUCCAUUUGGGAUCCAACCCUCCUUUAUCACUGGCGCAAGCCACUGGUUCCCUUUUGUUAUGAGACGUCCAAUCCAAUGUGAACCAAGAAGAAUCAGUCAGGGAUGUUCAAUGAGAGAAAUAUGUGCUAUACAGACAGAACAAUCAAUGUAUUUUUGGAACUGUGUUUUUCCCUGUGAAUACAGCAUUCCGGAACAGACCUGUCAAUCACAAAAUAGUCAUUACUGAGAGAAUGACCAAAUGUGGGCAUUGCUUGCUCUGUGCAUCUAACUCCAGCUUUCUUAUAGCAGGAUAGAAAACAUCUCAUGGAUGCGUCCCAAAUGGAACCCUAUUCCUCAUGUAAUGCACUACUUUUGACCAUUUCCCAUAGGACUCUGGUCAAAAGUAGUAAACUAUAUAGGAAAUGGGGUGCCAUUUGGGACAUAACCUAUGUCUCACCACCUUAACGCUGUUGUAUACAGUUCAUGAGGAAGGGUGGAAAGUUUAUAUUUACUCAGUUUGGUUGUUUAGUGUCUGUGGUCAGUCACUAUGUGAUACACAUCUAGAAAUAACAUCUGCACAUCCUUUAUUAAAGGAUCUGGAGGUUCUGGACUGUACAGUCAACUCUACAAACAGUGAAAUUGGUGCUAAUUGUCGUCAAAAUCAUGCCUGCAAACAAUACCUAUUAACAAGAAUUACAUUUGGUUUAUUAAACAUUGAUGAAAAUGGAUAUUACAGGCCUGCACUGAAAAAGUAGUGAACUUUUGAAGAGGUUGCCCUAUUGUCUGUUUCACAACCUAGCCCUUGCAAACUAAACGCCUUCAAACUACUUUAUUUUCCCCUCUUUGUCUUUCUCUCUCCCACGCUUCUUCAGUCUCGCUCCCAAAUGCUAGCUUUGGAGCAGCUCGAUAUGUUUUCAAUUCUAAGCUGCUUUCUUUGCUGCUUCCCACAACUUGCAGUCCCACAAUGCAUUCUGUCUGAUGUCUGCCGUGCUUCUCUCUCUCCUCUCCUUUAUACACACUACCAGUCAAAAGUUUGGACACACCUACUCAUUCAUUGUUUUUUCUUUAUUUUUACUAUUUUCUACAUUGUAGAAUAAUAGUGAAGACAUCAAAACUAUGAAAUAACACAUAUGGAAUCGUGUAGUAACCAAAAAAGUGUUAAACAAAUCAAAAUAUAUUUUAUAUUCUUCAAAGUAGCCACCCUUUGCCUUGAUGUCAGCUUUGCACACUCUUGGCUUCCUCUCAACCAGCUUCACCUGGAAUGAUUUUCCAACAGUCAUGAAGGACUUCCCACAUAUGUUGAGCACUUGUUGGCUGCUUUUCCUUCUCUCUGUGGUCCAACUCAUCCCAAACCAUCUCAAUUGGGUUGAGGUCAGUUGAUUGUGGAGGCCAGGUCAUCUGAUGCAGCGCUCCAUCACUCCCCUUCUUGGUCAAAUAGCCCUUACACAGCCUGGAGGUGUGUUGGGUCAUUGUCCUGUUGAAAAACAAAUGAUAGUCCCACUAAGCGCAAACCAGAUGGGAUGGCGUAUCGCUGCAGAUUGCUGUGGUAUUCAUGCUGGUUAAUUAUGCCUUGAAUUCUAAAUAAAUCACAGACAGUGUCACCAGCAAAGCACCAUCACACCUCCUCCUCCAUGCUUCACAGUGGGAACUCUGGGUCUUCCUUUCUUGUGGCGGUCCUCAUGAGAGCUAGUUUCAUCAUAGCGCUUGAUAGUUUUUUCGACUGCACUUGAAGAAACCUUCAAUGUUCUUGACAUUUUCCUGAUUGACUGACCUUCAUGUCUUAAAGUAAUGAUGGACUGUCAUUUCUCUUUGCAUAUUAGAGCUGUUCUUGCCAUAAUAUGGACUUGGUCUUUUACCAAAUAGGGCUAUCUUCUGUAUACCACACCUACCUUGUCACAACACAACUGAUUGGCUCAAACGCAUUAAGAAGGAAAGAAAUUCCACAAAUUCACUUUUAACAAGGCACACCUGUUAAUUUAAAUGCAUUCCAGGUUACUACCUCAUGAAGCUGGUUGAGAGAAUGCCAAGAGUGUGCAAAGCUGUCAUCAAGGCAAAGGGUGGCUACUUUGAAGAAUCUCAAUUUGUUUAACACUUUUUUGGUUACUACAUGAUUCCAUAUGUGUUAUUUCAUAGUUUUGAUGUCUUCACUAUUAUUCUGCAAUGUAGAAAAUAGUAAAAAUAAAGAAAAACCCUUGAAUGAGUAGGUGUGUCCAAACUUUUGUCUGGUACUGUACAUCUCCUCAUUCCUGCACUGUCAGCGUCGUGUUUAAUGCAUUCACAAUCCUCUGUGUAUAAGAAUGGCAUGUGAAGUGAUAGCAAGUGAUCUCCUUUCCUUUCCGCAAAAAACAUAAUGUAUGCUCCGUUCCAACGCUACUGUCACCGCCACUGUCAAUGUCUUGUUUUUCAUAUGCACAAAGUCAUGGCUAAAUAUUGAGGCUAAAUCUCAGUCCCACAGAUGUUCACCACAUUGAUAUUCCGUCGUCGCCUGAUACUUUGAUCCAAGGUCACUUUAUCACAGCCCUUUUUAAAGCCUGAUAGUUAAAGCUGCAAUAUGUCACUUUUUGGGCGACCUGACCAAAUUCACAUAGUAAUAAUAAUAUUUGUUAUAGAUCUGUCAUUCUCAUUGAAAGCAAGUCUAAGAAGUGGUAGAUCUAUUCUAUGUGUGCUAUUUCUAUGCUUUCAGUUCUUAAGUUUAGUUUUUGCGUCUUUUACUUUCAGUUUUGUACACCAGCUUCAAACAGCUGAAAAUACAAUAUUUUUGGUUAUGUAAAAGAUGUUUCACAGCGGUUUAGAUGGUACAAUGAUUUUCUACACUAUACUUGCUUGUUUUGUCACAUAAACUGAAAUUAGGUGAACUAUUAGAAUUUUAGCAACCAGGAAAUGGCGGAGCGAUCUUUAAUGUUUAUACAAUCAAUUUAUAUUAAACAAUAAACCAGUGGUACAGUGCGAUUUUAAAUGUUAAAAAGGAAUGACGGUGUAUGAAAACAAUGGUCUAAGGCAGUGAUGCAGAGUGAGUGAUAUGCAGGGCUGCAGGGCGUCACUUUGGCCCCCACCCGCCAGGGACCUCGGCCCCGUCAGACCCCACUGAGAGAAAUAAAUAACUUUGUCUGGGUCAGUGAGGUGUGGCCCCCCAUCUCCAAGCUGGAAGAGCAUGCAGUGUGUGUCUGUGUGCGUUUGCACCUUUCGAGUCUCUCUGUGUGUGUGUGUGUGUGUGUGUGUGUGUGUGUGUGAGCCUCUAAAGUCUGUGUGUGUGUGUGUGAUGAAUGCUAGGUCCUGCAGAGCAGAUUAAUAAUGUAAUGUCAAGUAAACACUGUGCCACCGUGCCCCAGGGGUCUGCCGCUGUAAAUUGCAUCAGCGAGGAAACCAGUAAAAUGUGCUGACUGUGAAAGCCUAUACUGUUGAUGUGAUGGCUUGACUUGUUUUGUUUAUUACGGGGAACAGGGAAAUAAAAACUGAGCCAGAGCCACCUUGGAUACAGGAGUUCGUAUCUGUUCCUUUCCAGACUGGCUGUGCUUUAGAAAUAACAUACAGCUCUGAGACUGCACUGGAUAUCCAACAUAGGAAAACAAAGGAAAAUGCUUCCCUUGUGAACUAAAUCUGACUUGGUCUUGUGUGGUCCUCUUCAGACGCCGCUAACGGCCCCAGUGGUCCAGGGUACAGGCCGCCCCCGAGGAUCAGAGAGGUGGUCAUCAACGGGCAGACGGUCAAGCUUAAGUACUGCUUCACUUGCAAGAUCUUCAGGCCCCCACGGGCCUCGCACUGCAGCCUGUGUGACAACUGUGUGGGUGAGUGGAGUAAACCUGGACCUCACUCAGACUCUCCGGCAUCUGGGGGAACAUAAUAGAAGAAACUGACUAACUCGAUGGCUGUUCCAUAUGACCUUUAAACCACCUACUCUCUCCCACUCGUCCUCUCUCUCUUUCCACUUCGUAUUUCCCUUCUAUCCGCUACCAUCUUCCCUCUCUCUUCCCCUUUAUUUCUCUCUUCCACUCUUUCCCCUUCUCUACACUUCCCUCUCUUCUACCCUAUUUCCUCUCUCUCUCCCUCUCCCCUCUUUCUCUAUCUCUUUCUUACACUCUCUCUCUCCUCUUUCUCUCACUCUCUCCCGUCUCUCUCUCCCUCUCUCCUCUUUCUCUCUCCUCUCUCUUUCUCUCACGCUCUCUCACCCCCUCGCUCUCUCUCUCUCUGCAGAGCGUUUUGACCACCACUGUCCCUGGGUGGGGAACUGUGUUGGGAAGAGGAACUACCGUUUCUUCUACCUCUUCAUCCUCUCCCUCUCCUUCCUCACAGUCUUCAUCUUCGCCUUCGUUAUCACACACGUCAUCCUGAGUGAGUAACUCCGACCAGAGACACACACACACAGUGUUGAUGCCCUGAGAUAAACACAAAACUAUGUUUUUCCCCAAACAAAGUCUCCUAUACACGUCAGGUACCCUGAACAUACUGCUUGUUAUCUAGAUAAUAUCAACAAGGACAAGAUAAGUGAAUGCAUAACCCUGGUAUUUCUGUAAUAGGUAUCAAUCUUUUUUGCCCUAGCCUUCUUUACUUAAUUUUCCUAUCCCGAUACACUGCAGCACAGGUUUCCCACAUAGUUUUCAGAGAGACGGAGUGUUGGGACACUUUACUGUACACCACAGAUCAGUCAGCCACAGUAGGGGCCGUAUGUAUCAAGCCUCUCAGAGGAGAAGUGCUGAUCUACCACCUGUCCAUGUAAUCUUAUUCAUUGUGAUCUAAAAGCCUAAACUGAUCCUAAAUCAGCACUUCUACUCUGAGAUACACUGAGCUUGAUACAUACGGCCCCAGGGGUGUGCAUUACUGCAACCCCAGUCUGGGGACCACAACUCACUGUGCAGGGAGAGAGUCAACGAACGCAUGGCCUUAAUUACAUACCUGUUUGUUUCUAAGUCAUUUCCCACAAUGGUUUUUCUGGGUGAUUAUGGCUUCUCUACAGGCAAUAAUGAAUGGAUUUAGGUUUCAUUUGCAUCAGUGAUCAGCAGUAGGCCCAUUGAUUACUGUAACUAACAGCGUCAGUCUUAGGGGUUGUGGGUAUUGAUAGUGGUUAGUGUAUCCUGUGUGUAGCCUAGAGAUGGGAUGAGGGAGCUUCUUCUGAAUCAUUAACUGUCAGUCAUUGUCAUGUCCAAAAUGGUACCCUAUUGGCUCUGGUCAAAAGUAGUGCACUAUAUAGGGAAUAGGGUGCCAUUUGGGACUCGCACAUUCCCUGCUGCGCCACAGUAGAGACGUUUUGAUCAAGACUAGAGUUCCUGGUUGAUGACUUUAACUGAUUCAGCCUAUUGACCCUUCACAUUAAGCACUGACUUAAAUCUAUUUUUCUCAUCAUUGCCUUUGUGUAGGGAGGUUUUCAAUGGGUUACUGCUGUAUUAGCGGAGCACAGGGCUAGAGAUCUUUGCUGCUCCUCUCUGUUCUCCCAGGUCCACUCAGUCAGUGAGACUAGCAUCAGUUACUCUCCCAGGUGCAGUCAGUCAGUGUGACUAGCAUCAGUUACUCUCCCAGUGCAGUCAGUAGUGGAAUCAGUACUCUCCCAGGUGCAGUCAGUCAGUGUGACUAGCAUCAGUUACUCUCCCAGCUGCAGUCAGUCAGUGAGACUAGCAUCAGUUACUCUCCCAUGCGUCAGUCAGUGGAUGCAUAGUAUCUCAGUGCAUCAUCAGUGGAUCUCUCAUUAUCUCCCAGCUGCAGUCAGUCAGUGAGACUAGCAUCAGUUACUCUCCCAGCUGCAGUCAGUCAGUGUGACUAGCAUCAGUUACUCUCCCAGCUGCAGUCAGUCAGUGAGACUAGCAUCAGUUACUCUCCCAGCUGCAGUCAGUCAGUGUGACUAGCAUCAGUUACUCUCCCAGCUGCAGUCAGUCAGUGUGACUAGCAUCAGUUACUCUCCCAGCUGCAGUCAGUCAGUGAGACUAGCAUCAGUUACUCUCCCAGUGCAGUCAGUCAUGUGACUAGCAUCAGUUACUCUCCAGCUGCAGUCAGUCAGUGUGACUAGCAUCAGUUACUCUCCCAGGUGAGUCAGUCAGUGUGACUAGCAUCAGUUACUCUCCCAGGUGCAGUCAGUCAGUGAGACUAGCAUCAGUUACUCUCCCAGGUGCAGUCAGUCAGUGUGACUAGCAUCAGUUACUCUCCCAGGUGCAGUCAGUCAGUGUGACUAGCAUCAGUUACUCUCCCAGGUGCAGUCAGUCAGUGAGACUAGCAUCAGUUACUCUCCCAGCUGCAGUCAGUCAGUGUGACUAGCAUCAGUUACUCUCCAGUGCAGUCAGUCAGUGUGACUAGCAUCAGUUACUCUCCCAGCUGCAGUCAGUCAGUGAGACUAGCAUCAGUUACUCUCCCAGCUGCAGUCAGUCAGUGUGACUAGCAUCAGUUACUCUCCCAGCUGCAGUCAGUCAGUGAGACUAGCAUCAGUUACUACUCUCUCAGCUCUCGUCUCAGUGGACUUGACUACACAGUCUCUCUGCCUCUGCUGCAUCUCUGUGCUGCUCAGUUCUUUCUCCGCUCUCUCGUUGUCUACUGCAUCAUUUUGUAGUCUGCUGUUACUGACUGCUCUCAUCUGUGCUCAUAGACUUUGGAUUCUCAACUCUCUCUCUUCUCUCUUCUCUCUGUCCUUCUCUCUGCUCUCUCUGCUCUCUCUGCUCUCUCUGUUUCUCUCUGCUCCUCCUGCUCUCUCUCUGCUUCUCUGCUCUCUCUGCUCGCCUCUGUUCUCUCUGCUCUCUCUGCUCUCUCUGUUCUCUCUGCUCUCUCUGCUCUCUCUGCUCUCUCUGUUCUCUCUGCUCUCUCUGCUCUCUCUGUUCUCUCUGCUCUCUCUGCUCUCUCUGUUCUCUCUGCUCUCUCUGCUCUCUCUGCUCUCUGCUCUCUGUUCUCUCUGUUCUCUCUGCUCUCUCUGUCUCCUGCUCUCUCUGCUCUCUCUGCUCUCUCUGCUCUCUCUGUUCUCUCUGCUCUCUCUGUUCUCUCUGUUCUCUCUGCUCUCUCUGUUCUCUCUGCUCUCUCUGCUCUCUCUGCUCUCUCUGCUCUCUCUGUUCUCUCUGCUCUCUCUGUUCUCUCUGUUCUCUCUGUUCUCUCUGUUCUCUCUGUUCUCUCUGCUCUCUCUGCUCUCUCUGCUCUCUCGGCUCUCCGCAGGAUCCAACCGGACAGGCUUCCUCAGCGCACUCAAAGACAGCCCUGCCAGAUAUCCUUUCACUGGGGCAGAGUGUGUCUGUGUGUCUGUCUGCCUGUGUGUGAUAAGUGUCCUCAUCUCUCUGAAUGGCAGAUGACACUGUCCUCAUCUCUCUGAAUGGCAGAUGCCACUGUCCUCAUCUCUCUGAAUGACAGAUGACACUGUCCUCAUCUCCCUCUUUCCAACUGUGGUUUUUGACAAAGCGGCCUAGCGGUUAAGAGCGUUGGGCCAGUAACCGAAAGGUCGCUGGGUCAAAUCCCCGAGCCGACUAGGUGAACAUUUUGUUUAUGUGCCCUUUAGCAAGGCAUUUAACCCUAAUUGCUCCUGUAAGUCAUUCUGGAGAAGAGUGUCUGCUAAAUGACUCAAAUGUUAAAGACACUUUCAUCUCUGUCACACGAAACCGCCACAUGUGCGAUUUUGACAACUACGUCUUCCCGCUAAUUGCAUUAUGGAACGAAGAUUUGCCCGUAGCUUACUGCCUUGUGCACAUUGCACUGUAUGUAUCCACUUUGCCUGGAGUCAUUCAGGACAUUCUGGAGGACACAGCAGUUAUUUAAUGGAGCCGUACCACAUGUAGAGUGCAUUGCCUAGUAAAUCAGUGGCCCAACACCAUCUUCUGGUAGUCAAUACCACUAUGUCCCACUCUGUGCGUUUCUAAGGUCAAAUGCAAGAACUCUCCACCUCUCAGCCACCGUGACGAUGUGCUAGUUGUUGUAGUGAUGGUGGUCUCUUUUCCUUGACUGAAUUACUGUGCUAGAGGUGGUGGUGUGUUUCUUCUCAGUAUGGUCCAUCUUGGGCCUGUCGGGUUUCCAUACCUACCUCAUUAGCUCCAAUCAGACCACCAACGAGGACGUGAGUACACAUACACCACAUCUCAUCAUCCAGCCCCCCUGGAGCUCAGUUGGUAGAGCAUGGCGCUUGCAACGCCAGGGUUGUGGGUUCGUUUCCCACGGGGGGCCAGUAUGAAAAUGUAUGCACUCACUAACUGUAAGUCGCUCUGGAUAAGAGCGUCUGCUAAAAUGAUUUUAAAAAAUUAAAAAAUUGUCUGACUUUGACUGCUGAUAUAAAUUCUGUCUCAUUAAGGCUAAUUUCACGCUUGGUCCUCCAUGUAAUAACUCGCUGGCUUGAUUAUUUUUUUUCACUUGCGCUGCUGAGGUUCUGGUAGAUUGAACACUCCAGCAUCCUCCCUCAUCCUUCUUAACUGUCUCUCUGGUGUGAUUUGUUGAGUUCCACUGUUCUCCAGAAGUUGCUGAAUUUCCUCUUGACUUCAGUUUGCUCCUCAAUUGAUGCACCUUGGUUGGAGAGCGAAGUAGCGGCAGUGAUCCCUUCCCUUUGCACUGAUUGGUCAUGUUCCCCCUCCAGAUUAAAGGCUCAUGGUCGACCAAACGGGCGAAGGACAACUACAACCCCUACAGCUACGGGAACAUCCUGACCAACUGCUGUGCUGCCCUCUGUGGUCCUCUUCCACCCAGGUGAGUCUCUGUGGCCAAACUAACCCUAACCCUAACAGCAAGGCUGGUCGUGUUCAGUAGGGAGAAAAUGAUUUGAAACAGGGAGGUACUUCCUGAAACUUGUCCAAUGAGAACACAGACUUUUGUAUGCAGUCACGGCGAUAGCUCAACUGUAGAUCGAAAGGAUUUUAGAUUCAGCUCUCCCUCCUCCCCAUCCUCCUCCCUUAUCUCAUCACUCUUCCAGCCUCCCCUCCUCUACUCUCUCUACUUCCCCUCUCCCUCCCUCCCUCCCUCUCUCCCGAUCCGAGGACCCUCCCCGCCCUCCUCCCUCCGCCCGCCUCACGCCCGCUCCUCCCCCCUCCAGCUCGCCCGGUCUCGCCCCAUCCUCCUCCUCCUCCUCCCCUCCUCCCUCCUCCUCCCUCCUCCUCCCCUCCAUCUCUCUCCCUCCUCCCUCCUCCUCCUCCCCAUCUCUCUCCUCCCUCCAUCUUCCUCCUCCUCCCCCCCCAUCAUGCCCUCUAUCUCUCUCCUCCCCUCCAUCUUUCCCUCCUCCUCUUCUCUCCCCUUCCUCCUCCCCUCCACCAGACAUGCCACCAGGGGUCUUUUCACAGUCCCCAAAUACAGAACAAAUUCCAGAAAGCGUACAGUAUUAUAUAGAGCCAUUUUUGCAUGGACUCCCUUCCAUCUCAUAUUGCUCAAAUGAACAGCAAACCUGGUUUCAAAAAACAGAUAAAGCAACAUCUCACGGCACAACGCCUCUCCCCUAUUUGUAUGUAUUGAUAUGUAGGCUAUGUGUGCAAUUUUUUAAUUGAUGUAGUUCUGUCCUUGAGAUGUUCUUGUCUAUUAAUGUUCUGUAUUAUGUCAUGUUAUGUGUGAACCCCAGGAAGAGUAGCUGCUGCUUUUGCAACAGCUAAUGCGGAUCCUAAUAAAAUAAAAUACAAAAUAAUUAAGAAUAUCCAUCUCUCUCCCUCCUCCUCCCCUCCUCUUCUCUGCCUCCUCCUCCCCUCCAUCUCUCUCCCUUACUGCAUUAGUCAGCACCCACAGAAUGAGCUCUGCUUAUGUGAAUCAAACUGCCAGCCACUUUGUUAAAUGAGCAACGCUUUCAAUCAAGAUAUCCAUCAGCGCACGCAGGCAGGAAUAAUCACUGUACACUGUUUCUGGAACUAGCCUUGUCUUACACAUUAUUAGGAUGAGCUCAGUACAUUGUCUACGCCCCAAAUGGCCACCUGUUCCCUAUGUAGUGCACUACUUUUGACCAGGGCUAAUAUGGCUCUGGUCAAAAGUAGUGCACUAUAUAGGGAAUAGGGUGCCAUUUGGGGCACAACCAUCGUAAACGUCCCCACAGCAUAUGGUUGGUUAUUGCAUUUAACGCAAAUGGUCUGGCUGUAGAAGAUAAUGUCUUUCACCCAGUCAUUUGCUCUCUCCCCAGUGACACCACAGUACCAAAACUAUGGAGUUACAUUAGUGUUGAUUUUAGGGUCAAUUUUAAUUUUGACCCUAAAUUAUUUUGUCCAUACACUACCCGCAGAUACAAAAUCAAGUCAGUUUGUCAAACAUCUGGUGGAGUAACAAUUAUCAUUGAUUCAUUAGCUGGUCUAUCACAUGAAUGGGUUACAGCUGGCUUGACAAUAGUGGAAUAGUUGAGGUAUGUGUAAUAAUAGUUGAGGUAUGUGUAUGGUUUGCUCAGUAGGUAGGUACUGUACAUUGGGUUGGAUCUUCUGGGAAUUUCACAUAUCAUUAACAAGUUUCCUGUUGCCUGGGGAGAAUGUGUGGGGGAUUGUUCUCCGUUCGUAGACAGGUGGCUGCCAUCUGCUCUGUGUGUGGGUAUGCAUGGAGAGAUGGGGCCUGGAGGCUUCACACACAUGCAGGAACGCUUGCACCAAGGCAGACACACACACCUUGCAGAUACACACACACACACACCGAAGUACACGCACACAAACACUCUUGCAGUUACACACAUGCACACCAAAGCAGACUCUCUCUCUCUCUUUCUCUCUCACCUCACACAGAUACACACACACACACACAGAGAUGGAGAAACAGACUCACACAUAAACACCUAAGUAUACACAGACACACAUUUCAAGACCUCUGCUUAUGUGCCAAGUCUUCUAUUUCUAGUCUUAUUGACAGAAGAGGCUUCAUCCAGCCAGACACACCCCAGCCUGUGUUACACUCCAACGGGAGCAGCAUGUACACCUCCACCCAGCUUCACACUCACAUGGUAGGUAGUGUGUGUGUGUGUGUGUAGAAUAGGGAGAGGGGGUGUGUUCGGGAGAAUGAGAAAGAGGGCACUUUCUUAAUGCAUUAGAGAUGUUUAGUGUUUCACAGGACUGAGUUGGCACUUCAGUAUUUAUAACCACCGAGAAACACUUUGAAAGUUAUUUCAAAGCGUACUCCCCUUAUGAUGUCCGCAACUCACUCAAGUGCUCUCACUUACAAAUGGCUCUUUGAACCAGCCUGUGUUAUUAUUACGACCAACAGAGAGCAGUCAUCUGUCUCUAUUCAUAUCAUUAUUGGGCUCUGAACCUCUUUCUCCUCUCUCGCACUCUCUCUUUUAUUUUCUCUCUCGCUCUCUCUUUUCUCUCCCUUUUCUCUCUCUCGCUCUCUUUCUUUCCUACUCUCUCUCUCCCUGCUGGUGGCCACAGUGGGCUUUACCCUGUGAUCCAGAGAGCAGUAUUUAAUAGUGAAUGAACACAGCUCAUGUGUUUUGUGUUCAUUGAUUCAUCGGGAUGUAACUUCUCACGUCUCACUCUGAGGCAAUCUUAUCACCCCCUCUGAAUAUAUCCAUGUUUUAAUUCACCAGUCGGUACUCUGCUGAAUACUGAUGUGUAUUUUCCCCCCACAGUCUGUGGAUCCUCUCCCUGCAGUAGUUUCAAAUAGUCAUUUUAUAUCUCAAGCAGAAUAAUCAUAGUCUUCUGGCUGGUUCCAUAUUUGCAUACAGCCUUGUUUGAAGCGGGCAGCUGUGAGAACAAGUAACUUUGGCCAUACGCCCGUGCAGAGAUUAUGAAAAUGUUCCAAAAUAAAAAAGGAAGCAAUUUUGGGCAAUCUCAAAAUGUGUUGAGUAAUUCAAUUGAAUGGAAAUGACAUGGUAAUACCACCUGUUAGAGUUGAAGUAGUGAGUUGAAUGAGGUAUUGAGUUGAUUAUACAUGCUAAUGUAUUCGUAGUAAUGGCAUGUUUUAUGGAAGACUUGUUUUAAUGGGUUCACUAACAUUCUUUUUCUUCCUUUUUUGUCUGUUAACCUUUUUAUUUGUGUGUUUCCCGUCCCUCUAUAAUUUCCUUCCUUUAUUUCCCGUCUCUCUAUAAUUUCCCUCCUUUAUUUCCCGUCCCUCUAUAAUUUCCCUCCUGUAUUCCCUGUCCCUCCUAUGGUAAAACAUAUAAUUCUCCUACUGUUUUUUCCCCUUCUCUUCCUUUCAUCUCCUGUCACUUUCCCUGUCUCCUCAGUGUGACCAAGAGCACUGCAUUCAGAGCACCAAACUCGUUUUGCAGGCUGCCGCCACCCCCCUUCUCCACAGCGACCCUGUCAUGAUGGGCGGAGGGGGACCCCCUCUCCCUGGGAAGAGUUCCCUGGGGGACCCAUGUGCCUCACUGGCCCCUAGCCAGCCUUCCCUGCCCUCCUCCAUGCCCGGCCUGGGCUGUGCGGGGGACAUGUUGAUACUGAGGGACCCGGACACCCACUGCCACCACCAUCACUUUGUCAGCCCUGAGGAGACGCCCUCGCCCGGCCCCAUGCCUCUGACACUGCCCUGCGCCGCCCACAUGACCCACGGGGGACACAUUAACCCUGCCCAGCUCUACGGCCCUGCCAGCCAGGACUCUCUGCAUGAGGACUCUGUCAGGGGCCUGGUCAAACUCAGCUCU